CCCUGGCUCUGGUGUAUAAUAGCGCGCGGUUAUUGUUUUCUUGUGUUUUUACUGUAAAUUUAUUACAAUUAUUCGUGUAAAUUUAUAAAUAACAAUGACCGAAAGCGAGCAUUAUACGGAUAUCGACAUAUCAGACGUUAUCGACGACACAGAACAGUAUGCGGACACUGAACAAUACAUCGAUACUGAAAUAAACUCCGAACCCAUCGAAAGUGAGAUUCUUCAAGAAUCCGAGCUAGUCAGAUCUGAAGAACAUGUAGAAAAAAAGCCUCAGAGUGCAAAGAGCGAGGUGGUGAAGGCUACGAGAUUACCUAUAGCGAGGAUUAAGAAUAUUAUGAAGCAAGACCCUGACGUGAGCGUCAUCAGUGCUGAUGCUGCGUUCUUAGUUACGAAAGCAACGGAAUUAUUUCUAGAAACAAUAGUCAAAGAAACAUACAACACAUCAACUAAGAAGAAAAAGAUAAUUAAUAAGAAGGACUUAGACUAUGUUAUAAAUAUGGUAGACUGUUUGUGUUUCUUAGAGGGUGCUAUGGAUUUCUAAUACCAAUGAUAACUAAUGUAAACUGUACCUUACGAGGAAAGUAAAAAUAGGAUUAAGUAAUUGUUAAAACUAAUUAAGGAUUAAAUUAAAUCAAACUACAAACUA